UUUUUGCUUAUAUGCAAAAUAAUGAUUGUUAAAUAGAAUACAUUAAUUUUAAUUUGAUACUUGAUGUUUCUUUUUUUGUGUAAAAGCUUUUACAUGGCAAAAAUUAGAUAUGGAAAGUAAAUACAUUCUCUUCUGAGAAGUUAAAUUUCCUAAGAGAUUCCUUGCAUUCUUCUCAAAUUCUAUAAACUUGAAGUUUUUAUAAAAGAAAAAGGAUUAAAAACGAACUGUAGACUGUGGCAAUAGUUAAUGGCAGUCUCUUGCUAGCUUGCUUACUGAUAUUAUCUCUGCUGUUUGGACUAGUUUGAUAAAUCAACAUUGAGGGGGCUUUUCUCUUUCAUUCUGGUUGCCUUGUAAUUUUCUCCAUCCAUUCACGAUGUUACGCCUGAUGCGCAACAAUUCUUUCCUCGUCAUGUGGAAACGCAAUCGCAACGUACCGAUGUCCACGACGUCACAGAUAGCAGAGGAAGUCGCCAAGUUGUUAGAUCUGAAGGCACAAUUGGGAGAGGAGAAUGGCUGCCCUCACAAGCUUAUCCUCAAAACGCCGAAAGGCACAAGGGAUUAUAAUCCAGAACAAAUGGCACUGCGAUUGGGAGUACUGGAGAAAAUAAUAUCAGUAUUCAAGCGUCACGGCGCCGAAACGAUAGAUACGCCUGUAUUCGAAUUGAAGGAUGUCUUGACGGGUAAAUAUGGUGAAGAUUCUAAACUCAUCUACGACCUGAAGGACCAAGGUGGUGAGAUCCUUGCACUUAGAUACGAUUUAACAGUUCCUUUCGCAAGGUAUCUGGCCAUGAAUAAGAUCUCUUCCAUUAAGAGAUAUCAUAUUGCCAAGGUUUACCGAAGAGAUAACCCAGCCACGACGAAAGGCAGAUACAGAGAAUUUUACCAAUGCGAUUUCGACAUUGCUGGUCAAUAUGAUCUGAUGCUACCGGAUGUAGAGUGCAUCAAGGUUGUAUGUGAAGCAUUAGAGGCCCUGAAUCUAGGAUCAUACUUAAUUAAGGUGAAUCACAGGUCUCUGCUGGAUGGUAUAUUCGCUGCAUGCGGCGUGCCACCGAGUAAAUUCCGUGGUAUCUGCUCCGCCGUGGACAAGCUAGACAAAACCCCGUGGGAGGAAGUGAAGAAGGAGAUGACAGACGAGAAGGGAUUGGAUGAGCGUAUCGCCGAUAAGGUCGGCAAUUACGUUUCGCAGUCCGGUGGAGUGGAACUGAUAGCCGAGUUGAGGAAAGACAAAGAGCUGAUGAAACAGCCCGUCGCUGUACAAGGUUUAGACUCCAUGGAACUGUUGCUGAAAUACUGUGGCAUCUACAGAAUUCUCGAUAAAAUUAAGUUUGAUUUGAGUCUCGCGAGAGGACUCGAUUACUACACGGGUGUUAUUUACGAAGCUAUAUUAAGCGGAGAUGAUAUUGGUGUUGGUAGCGUGGCAGGGGGCGGCCGCUAUGAUAAUUUAGUGGGCAUGUUUGACAGCAAAAACAAAAAUGUGCCUUGUGUCGGCGUGUCGGUGGGUGUGGAGCGAAUAUUCAGCGUUAUGGAGGCGAAACUGGCAAACAAAGGCCUGAAGACUCGCACUGCCGAGAUUGAGGUGUUCGUGGCGAGCGCGCAGAAGAAUCUGCAUGAAGAAAGAAUGAAGAUACUAGCGGAUCUAUGGCAGGCAGGCGUGAAGGCAGAGCAGUCCUAUAAAAAGAAUGCUAAACUGUUGGCGCAAUUGCAACAUUGUGAAGAGAAUGGCAUCCCGCUAGCUAUAAUCGUCGGAGAGGGCGAGCUAGCAAAGGGUGAAGUUACACUGAGAGUCGUCUCGACACGAGAGGAAACUCGCGUGCUACGAAGCAAUCUUGUCGAGGAAAUUCGAAGACGGCUAAACACGUCGUAGCACUUCCUUCUUGUAUAUGUUUCUCUCACUGUCGAGAGAUUUACAUCAGUACAAGAAACCAUGUAUAUUUAUACUGCAUUUAGUAUCAUUUCAAUCCGCGCGCACUGGAAAAGUUUAUUUAUUUUUAUUUCUUUAUAAAUUUAUUUGUAAUUUUAUUUGUAUGUACUUCGCAUAACAGGCUAAAUGAAACAACCGUGAUAAUCUUUUUGUCACCAAUAGAUGCUAACAAUGAGGUACAAUAAGUGAAUGCACAAGGAGCUGUAACAAUGCUCUACACUUUGCGUGCGACAUAUAGACAAUUUUCAUAUAGAUAAUUCUUUGAUUGAAUUUCUCUGGAUAAAAUCUGGCGUUUGACCAGAUUUUAAUUUAACUGGUAAUAAUACGCAGCUUCGAGCUACUGCUUGAGAAACCAAAUACAUUUUUAUAAUUUAUUCUGCAAGAAAACUUAUCAAUAAAAUGUUAUAAAUUUCGUAAAAUA